CGGGCGGGAGAUGGAAGUUGCAGCAAAUAAGAGAGCCGCGAAAGCCGCAUCCACCUUAGCGAGAAACUCUUCCAACGUCAAAACUUUCGAAAGACAACCAGCGACCGCUCCUGGACAUCUACAUCACGGCCUGCAGCUUUGCACAUCCACGACCAGCUCGCUCGAUCGGACGCCUCGCCGCCCCUUAGCCAAGCGACCCUGGUCUUCACUAGUGCCCAACUAUCUGAAAUCGAAAAGCCACCCACGCUCGCCGUCUAUCUCUACUUUUGUCGUCAGCCCUACUAACUAUCAUCGAACACGCGACGACCCCAACUUGGCUGCGGACAUUAGCUACGACUCUUCACGCUCUCGACCGCAUAUGCUCCAGCUCUAGUAUCGCCGAGAAGCCCAUCGAAGAGCUGCGCCCCCUCACGAACCCCGUGUCACGGUUGAGAUUGACAGGCAUAUCGUACCGUACCCCUCCGAGGCCACUGAGAAGUCGGGCUGCGCCACCAUUCAACCCGCCAAACAAGCAGCAAGCAUGGAAGGGAAACUGGUGCAAGCGGUCACGGAGAAGAAGCCCGUCCCUGAGAUUGACUUCACUCUCCAUACUAUGGAAGAUGGCACGCAGGUAUCCACACAGGAGCGUGUCUGCAAGGAGGUGCAAGCCCCGGCUUUCAACACACCUACGAACGAACAAUUUUGGUCCAGCGAAGAUCCCACCAAGCCAGACCUGAAGUUCCUCAAGCAGCACUUCUUCCGUGAAGGUCGUCUCACGGAGGAGCAGGCACUAUGGAUCAUCAAUACUGGAGCGUCAAUCCUCAGGUCAGAGCCGAACUUGCUCGAGAUGGAUGCUCCCAUUACAGUGUGUGGUGAUGUUCACGGACAAUACUAUGACUUGAUGAAGCUGUUUGAGGUGGGAGGAGACCCUGCGGAGACACGAUAUCUCUUCCUUGGAGACUAUGUUGACCGAGGCUAUUUCAGUAUUGAGUGUGUUCUGUACCUAUGGACUCUAAAGAUUUGGUACCCCAACAGUCUUUGGUUGCUACGUGGAAACCACGAAUGUCGCCAUCUCACAGAUUACUUUACCUUCAAGCUGGAGUGCAAACACAAGUACUCCGAGAGAGUUUACGAUGCCUGCACCGAUUCAUUCUGCGCCUUGCCUCUGGCUGCAAUAAUGAACAAACAGUUCCUCUGUAUCCACGGCGGCUUGAGCCCUGAGCUACAUACCUUGGAGGAUUUGAAAACAAUUGACCGUUUCCGGGAGCCACCAACCUAUGGGCUGAUGUGCGACAUUCUUUGGGCCGACCCUCUGGAAGACUUUGGUCAAGAAAAAACGGGUGAACAUUUCAUCCACAACAAUGUCCGAGGAUGUUCAUAUUUCUUCUCCUAUCAUGCUGCUUGCGCAUUUCUAGAGAAAAACAACCUUCUAUCCAUCAUUCGAGCCCACGAGGCUCAAGAUGCCGGAUACAGAAUGUACCGCAAAACCCGAACGACCGGAUUCCCAAGUGUUAUGACCAUCUUUAGUGCGCCCAAUUACCUUGAUGUCUACAACAAUAAGGCUGCGGUCCUCAAGUAUGAAAACAACGUCAUGAAUAUCCGCCAGUUUAACUGCUCGCCACAUCCUUACUGGCUCCCCAACUUCAUGGACGUCUUUACCUGGUCACUACCGUUCGUUGGAGAGAAAAUCACGGAUAUGCUCAUUGCCAUUCUCAACACUUGCUCUAAGGAAGAACUUGAGGAAGAGACUCCCUUGUCAGCAUCUGAAGCUCCACCCUCGCCAACUCUUCCAUCAACCGACCCCGAAAGUACCGAGUUCAAACGACGUGCUAUCAAAAACAAGAUCCUUGCUAUCGGUCGUCUAUCCCGUGUAUUCCAGGUUCUCCGAGAAGAGUCCGAGCGGGUUACUGAGCUUAAAACUGCUACUGGCGGACGUUUGCCAGCAGGAACGCUUAUGCUUGGCGCUGAAGGUAUUAAACAAGCUAUUCACAACUUUGAGGACGCUCGAAAGGUCGAUUUGCAGAACGAACGACUACCACCAACCCAUGAAGAAGUUACUAAGCGUGUUGAAGAGGAUCGACGACAAGCGCUGGAACGUGCUGCCCAAGAGGCAGCUAACGACACGCAUCUGACAAACGUCGCCCGAAGAAUUAGCAUGUAAGUUGCGCCGCUUUGUUUUCUUUCAACACUUGUCCGUCCAGGCUAAUAUCUUUUACCUAGGUCAUCUGGAUCUGGUCGACCCCGAAAGCGAGAACCGUCAUCUUGAUGUCCUAUCUUUAUCUCAUCCACCCAUCCCUUGACAUUCAUCCCAUCAUUAUGACUCCCAGGCUUAACGUACCCCCUGCCCAGAACUCGACAAAUCUGAACCUUUUUGCUCUUUUUUACUGUUUUUUUGAAUUGAUUGAAUGACUCCCCGGUGAUGAUACCAAGACCUUAAUUCCACUAGGAGAAAUGCAAAAGCUGCAUAUCCUGUAUGAAUCUUGAAUAAGCUUUUCACGAACAAAAAGGAAUUGAUAAAUUCCGUUUCCCUUAACCGGCCUGGCCUCCUGGCGUCUGCCGUCAAUCGCUUUCCUGACCCCUGACGUAUUGUACUAGGGAGGAAAUGGGAAUAAAAAGGAAGAGAAAAAAUAUCAAUAAUAAUAUUUGCUUACAACGAGGAAUAAACGGCUGGUUUGAUUUGAAGUUUCUUUGCACUGAUAGCUACAAGGCUUAGCAGUACUGGAAUCAGGCGGCUCAUUCUUUUCGCAAAUAAGUUGUCAGUGAAAGCAGUAUAGUAAGAUUUAGGGCACCAUCCAUCAUGGAUGUAAACUAUCGAUCACCAUUGUAUGAUAGUUAUUCCACCUAUAGCUACAAUUUACACCCUUUUUGUAAUUUAUACCUGAGUGUUUAGGAUGGUAUUUGCUAUACAGUGUAUUAACCCAAUGUAUCACAGAAUUGCCGCCACGAAGCUUAGUUAUGGUGCAUAGAUUGCUUAGUCAUCCAAUACAUUACCGUCCCUGUAUCGAACAAACACAAGCUUGUUUGCUGCAUCGACAACUUUGCGAAGAAGAUAACGAGAGACAUAACUGACAACCCGCAGCUCACCUGCGCACCAACCCCAAUGCCUGGGAAAUAUCAUGUCUCCCUCAUCCAGAGGACGCCGCUCCUAGCCAGUUGGCUAUUCUUUUGCCCCUCGUGCUCGCAGAUACGCCAGUUCUCCUCCAGUGGGCCAGCUCCCACGCCCA